AUGAUGAGCACCAUGUCAGAUGGGGAGGCUCCAUCCAACCCGGUACCUGCACUCGAGGCGCAGGUGGCAAAACUCGAGGAAGAGCUUUCAGCGGAAAGGCAGCGUUCGCUCCAAAAGGACCAGAAGAUCGAGAUGAUGGAGGCUGUCGUCACAAGGCUGCAAAGCCGCGUCGAGCUGUUGCAGGAUCAUUUGAAGGAGCAGGAGCGGAAGAACCGCAUUGCCAAGGGAAACAGCGAGGCCGUUCUGGAGCUGCAGCAGCAGCUGGCAGAGGAGCUGUCGAAGCGGAAGCAAGCACAGUAUGAGCUCAUCGCGAAGGCAAAGGAGCUCUGCGACGUUCAGCAGAAGAUGGCAGGGGCUGGCGACACAAAGGACUCCUCCCACGAGGCUCAGAAGGAGCUCCGAAACGAAGUCUCGGCAGGCGCAGUGUCGUGGUCGCCUGCGAGCUCACAGCCCAAGCUCGUGGAGGACUCGCGGCGAUCGCCUGCUGCCACGGCCAGCGGCGCCAGCCUUGCGAGCCCUGUGGCCGCAUCGCCAGUGUCCGCUGCAUCGCCCUCCUUGAUGCUGCCACUCUCUGGGCUUUCAGUGAGGAAAUCGUCGUUCCACCAAUGCCCUACCAGCAAUACACCACAGACGCCACCUACGUCGCGGAGCUCCGGAAGGACUUCGCCAGCCCUCCGGCUUCCUGGAGGUGAGGCGAUGGCCGAUCGAGUGCAGAAUCAGAGGAGAAGUCCUGUGGUUCCUCCUGUGCGGAUGAGCAAUCAAUCCGUGUUGGUCCGACCUCCGGCAGAUGAAGAGGGGGCGCACAUCUUCAACCCCGCAAGGUAUGUUCGGUCAGCUCACGACAGGGUGGAAGCUCCGAAACCGAUACAUCUUCAACACCCUCAAGAUGCUGCGUUCGGGGUUCAUGCUCCUCAAUCAGGCCAAGUCACUCCGGUGUCGCCGAUGUUCCACAACGUGCACCUGGACUACCCGCGGAUUCUUACGGCGCGCUCUCAUGAAGUUAGGAUUUCCACCGCGGCUGCAAAGUCGGCCCGGCGGGUGAUUUCGCCCCCACUCUCUGCACGCGUCAACGGCCCCAUGGGGCCGGUGGAACUGGGUAGGUGGGAGAAGAGCAAAGAAGAGCAAAGUGAACAAGUGAUGAGAACCGAGGAAGCAGACGGCACCUUGGCCUUCUCCGUGCUUCCGAGAAGAGACCGCCCCUCCUCGGGGAGCUCUGCCCGCAAGACCGCAAGCGGCGAGGCCGCAAGCGAAGGCUCGGCGGCCCACCGUCUCGACGGCCUCGAUCUGCGAUUCCAGAAGACCCGCCUUGUAUUAGGCUAUGCCGUCUACUACUUCACUCGCUUGUCUUUCACAUAUGUGGGUCUUGCAAUGCGGAAGGACCUUGGCCUUAGCAUGGUGCAGCAAGGAACUCAGCAGGAGGAUUUGGGAAUCCAGGUGGCAUGCAGCCAAGAGACUUACACCGAUCUUGACAGCGCCGCUUUGAUGGGCAAGGUUGGGCACGAUCAGCUCUUUGUUCCCAUUGGCAGUCCUGGCUAA